GGAUCCCAAUUUAGAAAUUAAUAUUCAAAUGACACCCAGCAAUAAACUCAACCAUUAGCCAACAACAUUGACUACAGCCCAACAGAAACGUGUCCUCUCUUCCUUUUGAAAGUCGUAUCAUUUUCAAGUUCUCAUUUUUGAAAAUGAGAAUUUUCUUGAUGUGUUCACUUGAAUCGCCAUCCUUCGCCUCUCAUCCAAUUCCUGAUCAACGCUCAUUCAAUUCAUGGUGGCAGGUGGUCGGUAUUGGGUGCUGUCUCUCUCUCUCUCUCUCUCUCUCUCUAUAAUGAAGGGAAAAAUUGAUGGGUGCUCCACCAAUAAAACCAGCCAAAAAGAAAUAAGAAAAUGAGGCAAUGAGACGAGGCUGAGAAAACAAUAUUUUGAAAUUACAGUUGAUGAAAAAGGCGAGGUGGCCCCCAUCAUUAGCCUCCAAAGUCAUCUAACCUUCCCAGAGGAUGUUUGAAAAAAAGAGGCUAAGACACGGAGCAUAUUUCAUUCUACCCAAAAGCCUGAACUCCAUUCUCAUCCACUUUCUCAGACCAUCUCCACAAAUGGUCUCAUCCAUCUCCACCUUGGUCCUCCUCCUUGCCACCAUUUCUUCGGUCACUGCCGCCACCGCAAAUGACAAUUACACCACCCUGCUCAGCCUCAACUGCAACGGUACUAGAGCUGUCAAUACCCAAUCAUUCGAUGUGAAUUUUGUGGAUGCCAUGGAAAUUAUAUCUCAGGAAAUUGCCAGCUCCGGUUUUGGCAUGGCGGAAUCCGGUGAAAACGCUACGGACAAGGCUUAUGGGCUCGGACAGUGCCUGAAUUACCUCUCUAAUGUAGAUUGCAGGCUCUGUUAUUCACAGAGUAGGGUCCAGCUUCCACUUUGCUUGCCAUCAACUUCUGCCCGGGUUUACCUUAAUGGUUGCUUCCUAAGGUAUGGAAACUACAACUUCUCUGAAGAAGCCGUGGAUGAUUUGGAUUCUGUGGCUUGUGGGUCUUCGGGGAAUGUAACAGAGGUUGGAUUCAGAGACGGGGCUAAUGGGCUGAUUCAGAAUUUGACAAAUGGUGCUUAUGAAGAUAAAGACUAUUACAAAGAAGGGAAUGCUACGAUUUCUUUGGAUGUCAAAAUUUAUGGAGUUGCUCAAUGUUGGAAAUCUCUGAAUAGAAGUGGGUGCAGAGAUUGUCUGGAAAAAGCAAGAGAGAAAAUAGUUGGUUGUUUUCCUGCUUCUGAGGGAGCAGCUUUGAAUGCUGGGUGUGUUGUUAGGUAUUCAAUGAAUCCAUUUUAUGUGGCAUCCUCACCCAGCAGUGGUUCUUCUUCAGCAACUCGUCGUCGUGUGCUGGUUGCAACGUUAUCGAUUAUUGCUGCAGUUUUGGUUAUAGGGGCAGCUAUUCUUUGGGGAAGAAGGCGACCUCCUACCAAUGGUGAUAGUGAAAACCCUGAUGGCAGCUCAGAAAUCCUCAGAUUGAUUUCAGAAUCCCAUCUCAGUUUCAAGUAUGAUGACCUGAGAAAAGCAACAAAGGACUUUGAUCUGGGAAACAAGAUAGGCCAAGGGGGAUAUGGUUCAGUUUAUAAGGGAACCCUACCUGAUGGGAGGGAAAUUGCGGUCAAGAGACUCUUCAUCAAUACAACACAAUGGCUGGAUCAGUUCUUCAAUGAAGUAAAUCUAAUCAGCCAGGUUCAACACAAAAACCUUGUUAAACUUCUUGGCUGCAGUGUAGAAGGCCCUGAGAGCCUCUUGGUCUAUGAAUACCUCUGCAACACCAGCCUUGAUCGCUUUCUAUUCGAUUCAUUUAGGAAGAAAGCUUUGGAUUGGGGGAAGAGGUCCGAUAUCCUUGUUGGUACAGCAGAAGGACUAGCUUACCUCCAUGAAGCUUCUGAGGUCAGGAUCAUUCAUAGAGAUAUCAAAGCUAGUAAUAUUCUUCUAGAUGAAAGGCUGAAGCCAAAAAUCGCAGAUUUUGGGCUUGCAAGGUACUUUGCUGAGGGUCAGAGUCAUCUCAGCACGGGUUUAGCCGGAACUCUGGGUUACAUGGCUCCUGAAUACGUCGUUCAUGGGCAGUUAACAGAGAAGGCCGAUGUCUACAGCUAUGGAAUACUUGUUCUGGAAGUACUCACAGGCAAGAAAAGUAAUAGUUCCGUAUCAUCGUCUACUGAAAGCCAAUCCCUCAUUUCCCAGGUAUGGGGCCAUUUCAAUACGAAAACACUGAUUCAAGUACUUGAUCUUGAUCUUCAAGACCAGUGUUCUGAAAAAGAAGCUAUAAAUGUGUUCCAAAUAGGACUGCUCUGCACACAAGCAUCCCCUAAUCUUCGGCCACCAAUGUGGAAGGUAGUUGAGAUGCUGACAAGUAAAUCUAAAGAUCUUCCAUCCCCCACACAGCCUCCUUUUGUAAACGUCAAGGGUAUUGAACUCAGGAGCAGCGGCUCUGAGAGCUCGAUGAAGGGCUCAUCAUCUUCAAAGUUCCCGGUUUCGAUGAACCGGAUGUCAAUGAGUAUUAUGCAAGGAAGAUGAUCUUGAAUAGGCAGCAGAAUCCUAACUACAGAUCUUGAGGCAAUUGCCCUUUGAAUUGGGGUUGGUUUUUGGCAUACAGGAGAGAAAAAAGGCAGGUAUUCCCUUUUUUACCACCUGUUUUGAGCAGCUGGGUACGAAACUACUAAUAGCCAAUUAAUAAUCAGAUUCAUUCAUAGUUGAGUUUACUUGUCA